AGGCUAUUGAUUUGGCUGACAAAACAAAUGCCUGGCCUGUUUUUCAAGGAGCAAACAGUCUAUGAUGGCACGUUUAUUUUUGCUCUGUAUACUUCAUCUUUUCGUCUGCAUCACUGUCCAGGGACGUGUAUACUUAAUCACUGCACCUAAACUGCUGCGACUCGAUGCUUCGGAAAAGGUGGUGGUGCAGUUGUUUGGUUAUGACAAGGAAAUUACAGUAGAUAUUAAGCUAAAGAACACACUAGCACCAAGUUAUAAAGAAUAUGCAUCUCAGUCCCUGAAGCUCAACGCUGCGAAUAACUAUCAAGAAUCGGCUACUUUACGGAUAAUGCCGACAGAUUUCCCUAAAGAGGACAAUUAUGUCUACCUUCAGGCGAUUUCCUCUGCUUUCACUGCACAUGAAAAAAUCCCAGUCACUACUGUUAACGGUUUUCUCUUUAUCCAGACUGACAAGCCGUUAUACACACCCGAACAAGAGGUACAAGUGCGAGUUUACUCCCUCAACGAGGAGCUGAGGAAAUCUAGACGAACCGUCACCCUUACAUUCGUGGACCCUAAUGGUAUCAAAGUAGAGAUUAUUGAUAUGACAGACAUCAAUGGAGCAAAACCACUUCUUCCACCUUUCAAAAUACCUUUAAAGCCCAUGUAAGACACACAGUCUAGCCUAUUAG